AUCGAGGCAACUGAUGUAAUUUCGUCUGAUCUCCUUUCAUACGGUGCGGUGCAACAAGGAUUAACAAUCGUAGCUUAUCUUUUUUAUAGAAUUACGUUAAAAUUUUAUUGUUAAAAUGAGCAGCGAAGACAUAUUAGAUAUAGGUCAAGAUAUAUCCAAGAAGAAAAAACGAUCUUUUGGACGUCAAUGCGCCGCUUAUGGAUGCUAUAGCUACUUUUAUAACUCCGAUGGAUCUCGAACUGGCCUACAUUUCUUUGCUUUUCCUAAGUCAAAUCCUGAAAAGCGUCGCUGGUGCUCUUUGAUAAAAAGGAUUGACGGCAUGGAUGGUUUUAAGGUCAGCAGCUCGACCUUUUUGUGUGAAAAGCAUUUUACGUCAGCUGAUAUAAAGCGAAACCCGAACCAUUGGCGACUUGUUCCUGGUGCUGUACCCUCCUUGAAUCUUGUGGCUGGUACUGUCCCUUCAACAGGAGGCAAACGCAAAGCACGAAAACCUCCAUCAGCUCGUUUUGAAAUAUUCCCCAGCUCAUCUCAGGAUACAUCUUCACAGUUUUCAAGCUUUGGUGGUGAAAUUGAUGCUGAACUUGGCUCUCCGUUUGAAGAAGAUCUUUCUACAUCAACUGUAUCAAUAUCAACACAAACUGAUUUCUCUUUUGUAAAUUCCCCAACAUACCUUCCAAUUGAUUUUGAAAAGAUGGAAAAUGAUAUAAUGGAUUCAUUCAUCAAAAGUGACACUCUGCAAUCUCAAAUUCAAGAGCUCUCUGCCAAAGUAAUUAAAUUAGAAAAUCAAGUGGAACAGCUAGAGUUGAAGCUUGCUCAAGUUAAACUGUCUCUUCUUUCUAUUGAAAAGUUAAAGUCUGAUAGUUCUGCAACAAAGUUUUACACUGGUUUUCCAAACUUUCCUACACUGAUGUCAACAUUUGAAUACUUUGAGCCUAAAGUCCUGCAAAUGCAAUAUUGGCGUGGUAACAAGUCUUCACAAAGCUCUGAUGAUUAUCACACCAAGUCUUCACGUGGCCCAAAGCGCUUUCUCACUCAUCUGGAAGAAUUCAUUCUUGUUCUAAUGAGACUGAAAGUUGGUUUGUUUAUUGAUGAUUUAGCUGGUCGUUUUGGAAUUUCUUCCAGUCAGGUUUCGAAAAUCUUUACAACAUGGAUUUGUUUUCUUUACCACGAACUCCCACUGCUUUUCAAACCCCCUUCUCAAGAGGUUGUUCGUCAAGCCAUGCCUGCUCAAUUUAAAGAUUUUCCAACAACGAGAUUAAUCAUUGAUUGCACAGAAAUAUUUGCAGAGGUUCCAUCAUCUAUGAAAGCACAGUCCCAGACAUGGUCCGAAUACAAGCACCAUAAUACAUGGAAAGUCUUAAUUGGCAUAUCACCCUCUGGCUUAAUUACCUUUGUCUCAAAGUUAUGGUCUGGUAAGGUUUCUGAUAAAGAAAUCACUCUUAAGUCAGGUGUUCUAGCCCUUCUUGAGGAUGGUGAUAACCUUAUGGCUGACCGUGGCUUUGAUGUAAAAGAUAUUCUUCCUCCUGGAGUGACUCUAAACAUUCCACCUUUCAAGGGUACACGAGCACAACUGACAGCGAAUGAGACAGAAGAAACUGCUCGCAUUGCUUCUGUACGCAUUCAUGUGGAGCGUGCCAUUGGAAGGGUAAAAAAUUACCACAUCCUUGAUGGUGUUCUACCAUUAUCAUUACAUUCAACAGCUAAUCAGAUUUUCACUGUUUGUUGUUUACUUACAAACUUUUUGCCAAUUUAGUUGAACCUAAUGAUAAUAAAUAAAUUACUUCUAUAUAUAUAUAUAUAUAUAUAUAUUUAUAAACUUUCUUUACAUCUAUCUAUGUU